AUGGACUCUAAAUCCAAUUCUCAAUCGCACCCCCCACAGUUUUCCGCCAUUAUAGCUGGAAACAUCGAUGGACGUACGGAUAAUAUUCGAUACCGCCAGAGACAAUUCCACCGUCUCCAGGCGAGCAUCCUCACACACUUGGCGGAAUUGAAAGAGGCUAUCUCACAGGACUCGGGCCACAGCGUAGAAGAGGUGCAGACGGAAGUCUGUCUGGCGUUAAAGGAAAUUCGCUCUCAUUACUCUGGCUUGAGUCUCGAGAAGAGCGUGCAGCUAGAGUACCGCGUGGCACGUGGAGAAGACCAUCUGAACAGGAAGAAAGGUGCCGGCAUUGUCUAUAUCAUACCUACCACGCACACGACGUUUUAUUCGGUCAUUGCCGCACUGAGUGCAGCCCUUGCGGCAGGAAACUGUAUAGUUCUGGAGCUUCCCAAAACGACUUCGAGGGUUACUGCCCUGCUCCGCUCAGUGCUCCCCAGAGCGCUAGAUAGUGAUACAUUUGCUAUCAGCGACAGCCGCCCCGACGCGGCCUUUCUCAGAACUACUCUUGUUUUGGAUCAGCAGUCGUCUGAAUGUCCUACAGGCUAUGCAACCCUGGAGUUGCCAAACACUCUGCGGACAGUGGCUGUAGUAGACCGAACAGCAAAUCUUCAGGAAGCAGCGGUGGACGUGGUCCAGGCGCGGUUUGCGUUUGAUGGUCGCUCUCCGUACGCUCCAGAUGUAGUGCUGGUCAACCAGUUCUGCAUGCAGCCCUUCGUGGAACUGGUGAUCAAACACGCUGCCAAACAUCUGGGGAGCGACAACCAUGGCGCGAAUUCACUUCCUAAGCGCCCCAGGCAGGCCUCGCUGCUGGACAAAUUAGGGUCCGAGGGAGUCAAGGUCAUCGUUUCUGGCACCGGCUGGGGUGUUGCACUGCUACAGAAUCGUGAUUCUCCCUUGUUGCGUGCCAAACUCAGUGAGAGGUUACUACUGUUGCACCCUGUGUCUAGUUUGGACGAUGCGAUCAAUCUCUGUAACGCUUCCGGUACGCAUGCUGCCACAUACACCUUUGCGGCUCCAGCCGCAGCCAAAUACGUGUCAGAGUCAAUCGACGCGCAUACAGCAUGGAUAAACCACGUUCCGUACGACAUACUUGUCGGGCCCGUCGUGCCUCUCAGCUAUGGUGGGAAUCUCCACACACGGUAUACAACAGAGGACUUCCAGGUUCCCCGGCCUCAAGUCGUGAACCAGACCACGACCACGGCAAUCGCGAAGGCUCUCUUAGCAGGAAAGUCGGUUCAGUCAGAUCGCACCCUCCAGGAAAUUCUUUCUCCCCUCCCAGAAAUCCAACAGCGACCCGGGCACAAGAUUGGCUAUUUUGAGCAGGGUAUCAUUACAGGAGGGCUGAUCACUCUCACCUCGCUGAUCACGAUUGUGUCUGCUGCGGGAUAUUGGGUUUUAAGAAUGAGGUAG